AACAAACAGAUAAACACCUCGAUUCUGAGUGAAUUUGGUAUAUAACAGUGUACAUCCCCAAGUGACAAGAGUUCGGGCAUACAGACAGCACCAUUUGUUUCGUACGGCAUCUCGUCCCCUCUAUGGCGACUUCUCAACACGGUCUACCCCCCUUGGGGCCUGCAUCUGUCCUCGACUUCAUCGCCACCUCACCAUUCGAGAUAUCAGCCCUUGUCUUCUCUCACCUUGACAACUGCGACCUUAAAGCUUUGCGGCUAACUUGCAACAAGCUUGCCGACCUCGUCCGCCCUCAUCUUCGCUUCAAGCGCGUCUUCAUAUCCGCCAAUCCCCUGAACGUGCAGGUGUUCCGUGCCAUCGCGGAACACGAAACCUUCCGCCACGACGUCCGCGAGAUCGUCUGGGACGAUGCACUUUACGAAAAGCCACGGCCUCCAGACCCGAGGCUUCCGGACGAGUACGACGACUCCUCGGACGAAGAAGAUGUCGACGACUCAGACGAUGACGAGGAUGAGAAUGACCGAAAACCGAAGCCCCCAUAUGGUUUUGCUUACUGGCAUUUCGGAUGGUAUCACAAACAUUGCAAGGCCAACAUCGAAUGCUUGGAACGUAGACGAGGGAAUGAUGUCUUGGCUUUGCCACAGCAUGUCGAGAUUUCGCAACAGCUUAAUGCCCAGCUGCCUAUCGAAGUCGCCUACGCUCACUACCUGGAGCUGCUAGAACAGCAAAACCAAGUGCUUUCAACAUCGGCUGAUGUAGCUGCUUUCGAAUGGGCUUUGGAGAACGACCGGUUCCCCAAUCUGAAGAGGCUUACCCUAACGCCCGCUGCACACGGCAUUCCUUUCAAGCCACUAUACUUGACCCCUGCCAUUCGUGCUCUUCCAUACGGCUUCAACUAUCCACUUCCUCGUGGCUGGCCAGCCCCUGAAGAAGGAUGUAGAAUCGGAUAUCCGGAAUGGGACCGCGAGGAGUAUAGGAGCCUUUGGCGUGGAUUCCGCCAUGUCGUCAGGAUUCUCGCUCGGCAGGCGAGCACAAAGAUCCAGGAGCUGAUCUUUGACGGCAACCAGGUCAACUCUGGGCUCACGUGUGGCAUUUUUCACGCACCGGAACCAUGCGUCGAGUACGACGACCUCGUUGCCAUGAUCAAGAAGCCAGGCUUCACCACGCUCAGACUCAACCUCAUGGUGGGCGCGCAGGAUUCUAUGCAAUACAUUGCUUUCCGUACUGGGCUCCUGAAAAAGGCUUUGGAGGCUGACCUGCGACACUUUACCCUCGAGACCGACGAAGACGACACCCUUGAACGGAGGCCGCGCCCCCUGCAUUGGACAGUGGACCACUUUGUUCCCUUGCGAUCUAUUUUCCCCGUCGAGGCGUGGAAAAACCUCGCACACUUUGGGCUUUCGCGCUUUCUCGUCAAGCAGCAGGACUUGCUCGACUUCCUCGCCGCACUGCCGCAAACCCUCCGCUCGGUAGAGCUCAGCAUGCUCUGGUUCAUGAAAGGCAAUGGCAACUACAGGGAGCUGCUCUUUGGUAUCCGUGACGACCUGGGCUGGCAGAGGCGAACAGCGAGACCUCGUCUGCUCAUUCGAGCGGAAUCGUACGACAUGCUGAGCGGGCGCGCCAUCUGGCUCGAGGACGAGUUGAAAGAGUUUCUGUACAACGGCGGCGAGAACCCGUAUUCGGUUCCUUCAAGUCGGGGGAUGAUAAUCCAUGCGGAUGACAUUCCUCUGGCUCCAGCUCUGAGUUGUGGUUUCGGAAAGGAGAAGGAUGAAUUUGAGCCGAGAUUCGAACGGCCACAUGAGUCGAAAGACAAGCUUAUCCGUUGGGGGAUUGUCAGGGAUUGGACUGUAGAGUAGGUAGUGCAGAAACCCGGGACAGGCCUGAACCACCAGGACGUCAGCAGACCGCGGUCGAAUGGACAUGAGGUCGGGCUGCGAACUUAAUGCUCAUCAAAAAAAAUAUUGUCUACAAGAACUAUGGGAGUUUCUAUCGAUGAGCGAAUGCUGUGGCCAUCCC